CAGUGCUGUACAGCUGUAGGGUUUGAAUGAGAAGGAAGGAGAAGAUAGGAGAAGAAAAAUAAGCAUUACAGUUGGCAUUUGUCAUCUUUCAUAUGUCCUGUUUCGUGGCUGUUACUUAUUUCUGCAACGACAGUUAAUAUGAAGGGAUGAUAACGGGGAAAUAUGUUUUUUCCCCUUGUGAAGUAGCCAGUUUCCAAGCUCGCUGGUGUUAGCUUCAGGCUAAGCAGCAUCAUCAGCUGCUAAUAUUAAAAGCUAGUAGCUCUGACAGUAGCACUCAGGGAAAUGUAUGUUUUCUACACAAUCCUCGCGUCUUUAGUUACGUUUUUUAUUUUGAAAUGGAUGAAGAAGAGGAGGUAUUGUACCGACCUUAAAAGACUUGAUGGAAAAACCGUUCUUAUUACAGGAGGGAAUUCUGGCAUCGGAAAAGAAACCGCUAUAUCCCUGGCAAUGAGAGGUGCCCGUGUUAUUAUCGCCUGUAGAGACAUGGAUAAGGCUGAGAAGGCAGUGAGGGAUAUCAAGUUCAAGAGUCACAGUCUGAAUGUCCUUCACAUGGAGCUGGACCUAGCCAACCUGCGCUCUGUCAGGGAAUUCUGCAAGAACUUCCUUCAGAGUGAAAAGAGACUUGACAUCUUGGUCAAUAAUGCAGGCAUGCCCAGUGUCCUUGACUGGACAGAUGAUGGCUUCAGUAUGUGUUUUGGCGUUAACCACUUGGGUCACUUCCUUCUAACUAAUUUACUCCUGCCUCGCCUCAAGGAAUGUGCCCCAAGUCGUGUGGUCACCCUCACAUGUUCCAGCUACAAAUACCAGAAACUGGACUUCCAGGACUUGAACUACAACCUGCUUCCCUUCUUCACUUACUGUCGCAGCAAACUGGCUAACAUCUACUUCACUCACGAGCUUGAACGCAUAACAGAAGGGAAAGGAGUGAGUACCUUUGCAGUGCACCCUGGUUAUGUCCAAAGUGGCUGGACGUGCCAUUACUCCUUCCUGUUCAGGAUGUUAAUGCAGGUGAUCAUGUGGAUGUUUUUUGUGUCAAGCGAGAUGGGAGCUCAGACUGUCAUCUACUGCGCUGUGUCCGAUGAAGCUGCCAAACACAGCGGGGGUUAUUUUGUAGACUGCAGACCUGCCACUUUGCGUCCUUUUGCAAGAGAUGCUGGUGUGGCAAAGAAACUGUGGGAGGCCAGUGAGAGACUGGUGAAACUGGCCUAAAAUGAGAGAAAUGUAAUGCAAAUUUUUUUUUUAUUUAUUUGGCUGUCGUUUUUACUUUGUUUUGUGCUUGUGAAAGUUAUUAAAAGGAAAUACUUUUUGUCACAACCCCAACUCCCUUUUGUGAACGGAUUGUUUUUUAUGGACAAAUAAAGGUUUACUUGAAGGUGGUUUCCACUCUGAGAAUACUCUGACAUUUAA